AUGACACUAAAAAAAUCGUCCAGCUGUAGCAUCCUUCCGGUGUCUAGCUGCCAUGCCACACGAAGGAGGCAAGAGGGCUGGGAUACUGCCGGGUCGCACAGGUCUAGACAGGGGAAGUCGAGUGGCGGAGGUCGGGUUCGAACCACGGACCUUCCGGUCGCGACGCGUGGAACGCGUACAGUGGAGAAAAAACAACACAUCUUCGGUUUACUCUCCAAAGCGUAUCUGUUAUACUGCAGUACUAAGUUGAGUCAAAUCGUGUGGACUGUGAUGGCGAAAACACCCUUCAGUUGGGCUUCAGGUCACGUGGAGAACGAAAGAAUCAGAGUUGAGGACACACCACUCAUAUAA